ACUAAAAUGUCUUGUUAAUCUUAUUUUUUGGUGGCGGCCAUCGCCUUCACGGCCACUGUUGCGGAUGCCUAUGCCAGUUGGGCCAAAUUUUUUACUGGAUGCCCAAACACUCCCCCGUGGAAGGACGUGUUUUACUUUCCAAAUUUUCUCCCAGCCCGACCCCAUUGCGCGGGUAAAAUGCGUGUCGCAGACACCUAGGUUGAGGGGAUGAUCCAAGGCGAUCGCUCAGAGGCGCCGAGGAGGAGGAGGGCGACGGAGCCACCACGGCACUACCAUCUCCACCACCGCUCAUUCCCACUCUCCCAUCCCUUCUUCUUCUUCUCUGUCCUCUUGCUUUCCGCUACCAUCGCGCGCCACUCGGUCUUCAUCGGCGCAGAGGAGACGAAAUCCCUCCGCGAAUUCCAGCACCCAAUUGGCCUCUGAUCCAGCACCGCGCCUCACACCCCGGGUUUGAAUCGACCCAGAUAGAGAAAAACUCUCGAUCAUAGCAGGAGCGAGCGAGAGAAUGGAGGAUAUGGAUAUGCUCGAGGCGGUCUACGAAAGGAAGAGCCGGAUGAUCCCGGUAGGAGCGCAGGGCGGCGAUUUCCAGCCGAUGAUGCAGUGGAAGGAGGAGGAAUCGGCGAUGGGAAUGGACGAGCUGCUCGCGCACGCCGGCUAUAAUGUGCGGGCCAGCGAUCUAACCCACGUCGCGCAGCGGAUCGAGGAGCUCGACAGCCUGCUAGGGGCGGCGGCGCCCGCGGACAUCCUGGCACAAGACACCGUCCACUACAACCCGUCGGAUCUGGUCAGCUGGAUCGAGGGCAUGCUGGACGAGCUCGUUCCGCAGCAGCCCACCGCUACCUCGUCCUCCGAUAUGGAAUCGGUGGUCACCACGAUCACUCAUCAGCAGCAACAGCAGCAGCUGGAUUUCGGCGGUAUACCGCCGCCCCCGCCGCCAUUCUCCUCCCACCAGCAGCAAGGCUACGGCGCCGCCUUCAAUCCAAACGUGCUCUACGCCGACCAGAUGGAUCUUAGCAAGAACGAGGUAGGAGUAGUAGCAUCUCACUCGCAAAUUGCUGCUUCCACCACACCGAGGCCGGCAUCAGGCUCUUCCUCAUCGACGUCACCCCACGGCAUACCGCCACAUGCCGCCGGCGGUAUGGCGUCAGCCGCCGCCAUGCCCACCAUCCAGGAGAGCGACGAAUUGAGCGGUGUCCGCCUCGUCCACCUCCUGCUCGCCUGCGCAAACGCCGUCCAGCGCGGGGACCUCGCCGCCGCCGGCGACAUGGUGGCGCAGCUCCGGAUGCUCGUCGCGCACCCCAGCAGCAGCAGCAGCGCCAUGGCUCGCGUCGCCACCCAGUUCGUGGAGGCCCUCUCGAGGAGGAUCCAAAACAGCUGCUACAAUGGUGGCGGCGGUGUUGGUGGUGGCGGAGAUCGCCAGUAUCAUCACCACCAGUCUCAGCAGCAGCAGCAGCGCCAGCAGCAAUUCAAAGAAGAGAGCAGCGAUCCUGGAAACACCAACAACGGCGCCAUGGAUGAGAUCCUACAUUUCCACUUCUACGAGACGUGUCCGUACCUCAAGUUCGCGCACUUCACCGCCAACCAGGCCAUCCUGGAAGCGCUCGAGGGCCACAAGAGCGUCCACGUCGUGGACUUGGACCUCCAGUAUGGCCUCCAGUGGCCGGCUCUCAUCCAGGCGCUGGCCCUCCGCCCCGGCGGUCCGCCAACGCUCCGCCUCACCGGCAUCGGCCCGCCGCAGCCCCACCGCCACGACCUCCUCCAUGAGAUCGGUCUCAAGCUCGCGCAGCUCGCCGACUCUGUCAACGUCGACUUUGCGUUCCACGGCGUGGUUGCCGCGCGGCUCAACGACGUCCAGCCCUGGAUGCUUACCGUGCGUCGCGGCGAGGCUGUGGCCGUCAACUCGGUGUUCCAGAUGCACAAGGCGCUCGUCGAGGAGCCGUCGGAUGGGGGGAAUCCGGCGGCUGGCGGCAAUGGUGGCGGAGGCCGUCGGUCCAGUCCUAUCGACGAGGUUCUCCGGCUGGUACGUAACUUGAAGCCGAAGAUCGUGACGCUGGUGGAGCAGGACGCCGAUCACAACAGUCCGGUGUUCAUGGAGCGCUUCAUGGCGGCACUCCACUACUACUCCACCAUGUUCGACUCGCUCGAGGCCUGCAACUUAGCUCCCGGGAGUGUGGAACAGAUGGUAGCCGAGACGUACCUGGGACAGGAGAUUGGUAACAUCGUUGCCUGCGAGGGUGCCGCGCGGACCGAGCGGCAUGAGACGCUGACGCAGUGGCGGAUCCGGAUGGCGAGGUCGGGCUUCCAGCCGCUGUAUCUCGGCUCCAACGCGUUCAAGCAGGCCAACAUGCUGCUCACGCUCUUCUCGGGGGACGGAUACCGGGUGGAGGAGAAAGAUGGCUGCCUCACGCUUGGGUGGCACAGUCGGCCCCUGGUCGCUGCGUCGGCCUGGGAGUGCUGCUAAAGCCGACGCCCGGAAUUUCGGGCCACUGUUCUUCUUCGGUGGUGUCGUUGUCGGACUCUCCAACAUCUCGGGCAAGGCUUUGUCGGCGCCUUAAUAGUAUCUCGAUAUUAUCUCUAGCAGGAGUUGCUGCUGCUGCGCACUGGGCUGUGGAUGCUUUCCCUGUAUAUGGUGCUGUGCCUGGCUGCUAGCUCUGAGGGAGGCUUGAGUCUGUCCGAAAAAGUAAUCCGUCGAAGUUAAAUGGCUCGAUCCGGUUUUUUGCUACAGGUUGCUGUGUGACACAUGUCGGCAGUCAAUGGAUCGGACACCUGGUUGAGAGUUGAAAUCAGGAAAAGAAAACGGGUCAGUCAGUGAGCGGCUAAGGAGAAGAGCGAAGAAAUAUAGUGUACCUGUUGCUGUUGUAAACUCUAUAUAAUUCACUCGCCGCUAAAAUAAGAUCAUCGAUCCUGGCUA